AUGCGACGGAGUCUGAUCCCGACAGGAGGAUUUAGGCGUAUGAUACUUCUUGUACUGGUCCUUCUUACUUGCUUAAUUGGCUACUACCAGGAAUUUAACGUGAAAAUUCGUGACGUUACUAAGUAUGCAAAUCCUAAAAUUAUAUCAACUGGGAACAACAAGCCUGAGUUUGUACUUGGAAUGUUAACACCACAUAUGAAUACUAAGUACAGAGAUGGACAACGGUCAACAUGGAUAUCUACUAUACAACAAUUAGAUUCAGAGCUCCCCUUUAGAAUAACCUACAAGUUUCUUAUCGAUCGACCAACAAAUGAUACCAUACUGGAAAACAAAAAGUACAACGAUAUUGUUUUUCUGAAUGCAACAAGUGAAGGAAGAGGGGUGAAAUUCGGAGAGAAACUGUUUUUGUGGUUUAAGUACAUAUAUGAAAACUUUCCAGAUGCUGUACUCGGAGCCAAAGUAGAUGAUGACACAUUUUUAUGUGUUCCGCAAAUUUUUACUAGACUAGAUGCUCUCAAAUCAUCAACAUUGUAUUAUGGAUGGUCACAUGGUUCUGGCAACAAAGUAGAUACAAGAACACGUAUAGAUGAAAUGUUCGUUGUUUUAGGACAAAAUUUGAUAAAAAGAAUUGCAAAGCGUAAAUAUUGCACAGGACCCAAAUGCGACCCCAAAAUAGAUUUAAUUGAUACUAACUAUGGCGGUACGUCUUUAGGGUCUUGGCUAUCUAUAUAUAAUGAUAUAGAUUAUCGACGUGAUAACGAUAGAAUCCUUCAUAGGGGCCGUGGUAAGGAAGCACAGAUACUGAAAUACAUCAAGCCGGAUUUCUGUUCUAAAUUUGUUCUCAAUCAUAAAUCCUCGGUGGAAAUCAUGAAAAAACUUCAUGAAUACAACAAACACCAAGUGACAAUUUUGCCACAUGGUAAAUUUAUUGGUGCCGUGACCGGGUCGCUGUUUUCGGGGGAUGUUGUAAGGAAACUUUUGCCGCAUCCGUCAUUUAAGCGAUACAGAUCUUUAGCAACCUUGGACAAGAUGCCAUCGUGUAGUAAAUGGGCUGUUGUCUUUACCAUUUCCCCUCCUUCAAAAGCUGUGAAAAACAUGACAUCACUGUCAGACUGGUGUUUAGUGAUAGUGGCCGACACAAGCACGCCACCAGAGAGUACAUAUGUUACAAAACUUGAGUCGGCUGCAAAAAGGGUCAAAUAUCUUUCGGUGGAAGAACAAAGCUUCCUAUACCCUUUAUUAUCGGAUAUCAUACCAUUUAACCACUUCGGGCGAAAGAAUAUCGGGUAUAUGUAUGCCAUCCAUCACAAGGCGAAGUUUAUCUGGGAUUUUGAUGAUGAUAAUGAUGGAACGGUUGAUUUAGACGAUUUUAAAACAGAUGUUCAUUUUCCUUACGUCACAAUUUGCAAAGGUGAACAGGACACACUUGUUAACCCAUAUCCUUAUUUCGGAGUGGCAGAAACCUACACCUGGCCUAGAGGUUUCCCACUACAGGACAUAAAGAACAAAACAACAAUACCUAAACUAUGUAACUCAACUGAUGCCGUUAACCUCGGAAUAAUACAAUCGUUAGCAAAUGAUCAACCGGACAUAGAUGCUGUUUAUAGGAUGACGCGCGACGCUCCUUUCAAUUUUCAGGCAACAAGAAAAUCCCAUCGGCCGUUUGUUUUACCAGGAAAUUCAUUUGCCCCAGUCAAUUCACAGGCAACAUUGUGGUUAGGCCCUGCAUUUCCUUAUUUAGCACUACCAAUCAGUAUAAAUGGGCGUGUCAGUGACAUUUGGAGGGGAUACAUAGCACAGUAUUUUCUUCACAGAAAAGACAUUCGCUUAGCAUUUUCUCCACCUUACGUGAUUCAGGACAGAAACGUUCAUAAUGUUUUAAGAGAUUUCAACGCUGAAUUAUCUUUGUACCAGAAAAGUAAACAAUUAGUGAGUUUUCUUUCGUCGGAGAAAGCAAACAGUAGACCAAACAUUGUGCAAAUGUAUGAAAAAUUGUAUACGAGAAACUAUUUAGAAAAGCUAGAUGUUCAAUUCGCUGAGGCAUGGGUCAAGACGUUAAAUAGCAUCAGCAAAUCACGCUAG